AUGCACUGCAAUGGCUACAGGGGUGCAAAAAUCACCAACCCAAACCCAAAGGUUGCAAAUUUAUUCCAAUACAAAUUCUGGGGUCUCACCUUUCUGGAGGGAGAAGGCAAGUACUUUUCUGGAGGAGGAAGAAAAGUGAUUUUGGAGGUUGGUUGUGGAGCUGGACAUACUAUAUUUCCUGUGAUAGCAUCAUAUCCAGAUGCUUUUGUUUAUGCCUGUGAUUUAUCAGCGCGAGCUGUUGAGUUGGUGAGCAUAAUGAACAUGGAAUGUGUGGUUCAGGGAAUUAUAGAGACACAGCAUGUUGAGGCCCUAGAGAUUCUUCUUCAAGGACUAUGUGGUGUUCAGAGAGAACGAUUGAGGAUACAUGAAAUAUGUCUCAAGAGUGGUCCACAGCUGGGCACUGUGACCUCAGAGGUUCGACUCCUGUGUGACCUAGAGCAAGCUGAACCUUCGUGGACUGUUAGACAUGUAGGUGGUGCAAUGAGGGGUGCAGGUGCGGAGCAAAUUUCUGUUCUGGUUAGGUCAGUGGUGGAAAGCAAAACAAGCAAGAAUGUACUUCGUAUGUUUUAUACACUAGGGUACAAGUUAGACCAUGAGCUGCUGAGGGUGGGAUUUUCCUUCAAUUUCUACAGGGGUGCACAAAUCACUGUAACGGUUUCAUCAAUCAAUAAAAUGCUGAAGGUGCAUGCAACUGACGAGGCCGUUCCUGUAACACCUGGUAUACAAAUGGUCGAAGUAACAGCACCUGCAGCUGCUGAAACCUACACUGAAGUUGCUGCUGCUGUGUCAUCCUUUUGUGAAUACCUUGCACCGCUUCUCCACCUGUCCAAACCAGGCAUUUCAACUGGUGUUGUACCUACUGCUGCUGCAGCUGCUGCAUCUCUAAUGUCGGAUGAGUUAGAUCCUGAAGAGAAAUGGCCGUAUCAGACUCAACAUCUUCUCAAAGACUGUUUCAAAGGGCUACUUCAGCUCACAGAAGACAGACACAGGUACCUGACCCUAUGUGUUCCUCUUCACAAAGCGGCAUUAAAAGGUGACUGGAAAGAGGCUAAAAAAAUAUUGGAACAAGAUCCCACGCUGCUAAAAUCUGCCAUAACAAAGGGGUGGGCAACAGUCCUCCACGUUGCAGUGGGAGCAAACCAUGAACGCUUUGUGGAGGAGCUCGUGAAAGAAAUGUCACGAGAAGAUUUAGAGUUGCAAGAUGACAAGGGAAACACUGCAUUCUGCUUUGCAGCAGCAGUGGGGAAUGUGCACAUUGCUGAGAUAAUGCGCAAAAAAAAUGUAUCGUUGCCAACAAUAAGGGGUGGACUCGGAGUCACUCCUCUUCAUUUGGCUGUUUUACAAGGAAGAAGUGAGAUGGCUGGGUAUCUGUUUGAUAAAAGUAAAGAAAGCCUCUACGAAGACGAUUGGCUUACAUUGUUUCUCAUUUGUAUUAACUCUGGACUCUAUGAACUUGCCCUUGACAUGCUAAAUGAGAAGGAAUCCCUAGCUUUUGCUCGUGAUGAAAACGGUGAGACAGGUUUACAUAUUUUGGCUCGAAAACCUUCUAACUGUGAUUCCGGAAGUCUACUACAAUAUCCAAAACAACUCUUGCGCAAGUGCAUGAAGCUGAAGGACCCUCCGGCCCUCAAACUUACAAAAAGCUUGUGGAAUAUAUUUCUUACCUUGGAGGAUUCUAAGAUGAUGACUGAAAUAAGGGAACCUUCCCAAGUAACAUUUCUUGCUGCAGAAGUUGGAAAUUUCGACUUUUUAUCUGUGAUUAUGACCACUUAUCCCGAUUUAUUAUGGGAGUUAAAUACGAUGGGUCGAAGUAUAAUCCAUGUUGCUGCAUUGCAUCGUCAUGCAAGUAUCUUCAAUUUGAUACACGAAAUAGGCCCAAUAAAAGAAUUCUUAUUCACGUUUGUGGAUGAUGAAGGAAGCACCUUACUCCAUUGUGUUGCAGAAAUAGCACCUCCAGAUCGACUUAAUAUAGUUUCUGGAGCAGCUCUUCAAAUGAUGCUCGAGUUGACAUGGUUUGAGGAGGUAAAAAGGAUCAUGCAACCAUUAUUUAUAGAGUUUAAAAACAAUGAAGGCUAUAUUCCUAAAGACCUAUUCACUGAGAAACAUGAAGAAUUGUUAAAAAGGGGUGAGUCAUGGAUGAAGCGAACAGCAAGUUCUUGCAUGGUUGUUUCGACUCUAAUCGCGACAGGAGUGUUUUCAGCAGCCUUCAGUGUCCCAGGUGGUACCAAGGAUGACUCAGGAUCUCCCAAUUAUUUGAAAAAACCAUUAUUCACAGUGUUUGCAUUAUCAGAUGCAUUGGCAUUGUUCACUUCUUCUACUUCAACUCUUAUUUUUUUAUCCAUUCUCAUCUCACGGUAUGCUGAGCAAGAUUUUCUCAGAUCUCUACCAUUCAAAUUGAUAUCUGGACUAGUGACUCUAUUUGUUUCCAUAAUCAGCAUGAUGGUAGCAUUCAGCAGUGCUUUCUUCAUAACCUAUUAUCAUGGUUCAAAAGUUGUUCCUUUUUCCAUUGCUGUACUUGCGUUUUUACCAAUAUGCUUGUUUAUUGGUCUACAGUUUCGCCUCUGGCAUGAUAUAGUGUAUUCGCACUACAUUUGUAAUUCUCUGUUUACACCAAGUAAACGCAUGAUUCAGUAG